UCAUUUGUCGACCUAUGAAUCUCUAACUCUUUUGAUAACAAUUUGUUUUCUUUUUUGAUUUUGGUUUGAUUCGUGAGUAAAAAAAAUAUUAUUUAUGGAUACGCCAUCGCUUGUCAUGUCCAAGGAUAUAAACAGUUAUUUCGAAGGACUCCUUAAAAAGGUCCAUGGCCUUUAUAUAAUACAAAUAACCGAUCGGGAUGGUGCGCCCGUUAUGCGUGUUAGUCAAGACAAGAAUGUAGAUUUUACAUUAACGCCCUCCUUUAUAUCGACCUUUACGACGGCCAGCGAUCAGGCUGGAAAAUUGGGUCUGGGACGUAAUAAGACCAUCAUAUCGAUGUAUUCAAAUUAUCAGGUUGUUCAGAUGAACAAGUUGCCAUUAAUUCUAACAUUUGUCGGUUCGGAAAAUUGCAAUACGGGACACAUUUUGGCAUUGGAACAUCAACUCGAUGCCUAUUUGGAAGAUAUGAGACUUGCUGUCAGUGAAUCUUAAAAGAUUUCCGCUUUAACCAUCCAAUUGAUUAUAAUAAUUCUUCUCGUAAAUAUUUACAUAUUUGUAAGUUUGUUUGUAAUGUAUUUAUAUGUGUAUAAAACUUUUGCUAAACAAAAAUAAUAAAAACCUUUUUAUAUAAAUAAAAACAA